UCGCUCGUGCGCGUCAUGUCCCGUAACCCCUCGAAACCCCACAAGCUGCGCUUCUCCUCUCCUUCGCCACCACCAGACUCCUCCAUCUUCGGUCUCUCUCUUUCUCUCUCUGCUCUUCUCUUUCCCUUCCUUUCCCCUCCAUUUCGGAAGGAAAGGGGGAAAAUGGGCGUCCUGUUGGAGUUUGCAAACCCCUCCACCCUCUCUUCCUCGUUCACUCUUGGGUUCUCGCGGAGCUCGUGGUGCGGUUUGGAUUGGAGCAAGACGAAAUGCAGAAGCAGCAGGCGGAGGGGAGGUGGUGGAGCGUGCCGUGCCUCCUUCACCCCAAUGGAGUCCGCCAGAAUCAAGGUUGUCGGUGUCGGGGGCGGCGGGAACAAUGCCGUGAACCGGAUGAUUAAGAGUGGCUUGCAGGGUGUAGAGUUCUUUGCCAUAAAUACUGAUCUGCAAGCACUUAAGCACUCGGCUGCAGAGACUCCACUUCAAAUUGGACAGAUGUUGACUCGUGGAUUAGGUACUGGUGGAAACCCAGCACUUGGAGAGCAAGCCGCAGAAGAAUCUAAAGAAGCAAUUUCGGAUGCCCUCAAGGACUCUGAUCUUGUGUUUAUUGCUGCUGGUAUGGGUGGGGGCACUGGUUCAGGUGCUGCACCUGUAGUUGCCCAGAUAUCAAAAGAUGCAGGUUACUUGACUGUUGGGGUGGUGACUUACCCCUUUAGCUUUGAAGGUCGUAAGAGGUCCUUGCAGGCACUAGAGGCAAUUGAGAAACUUCAAAAGUCUGUUGACACACUUAUUGUCAUUCCAAAUGAUCGGCUGCUGGAUGUUGUUGAAGAACAGACACCCCUACAGGAUGCAUUCCUUCUAGCUGAUGAUGUCCUUCGACAAGGAGUACAGGGAAUCUCAGACAUAAUCACUAUACCUGGGUUGGUGAAUGUAGACUUCGCAGAUGUCAAGGCAGUUAUGAAGAAUUCCGGAACUGCAAUGCUUGGUGUUGGUGUUUCUUCUAGCAAGAAUCGUGCUGAAGAAGCUGCUGAACAAGCAACUUUGGCACCUUUAAUUGGUUCCUCUAUUGAAUCUGCUACUGGUGUUGUCUACAACAUCACUGGAGGAAAGGACAUUACUCUGCAAGAGGUCAAUAGAGUCUCUCAGGUUGUAACUAGUUUGGCAGAUCCCAGUGCAAAUAUCAUUUUUGGAGCUGUUGUUGAUGAUCGCUAUACUGGAGAAAUUCAUGUGACAAUAAUUGCAACAGGCUUUUCACAAUCAUUUCAGAAAACUCUGUUGACAGAUCCUAAGGCUGCCAGGCUACUGAACGUUCAAGAGACUAAAGUGCCUACACCACUCAAGAUGGCCAACUCACCCUCAAACCCUUCGAGAUCCCGAAAGAUUUUCUUCUGAAUUGCUUCUAUCUUUGUUAACAAGUUCUGUGUUGUUUUGGUAGCUCAGUGAAAAUUGAGGCAAUUGUAUAAAGGUUUUUCUGUUUGUAGUUGAACCAAGUUUUGGUCAUUUCAUACUCCUUUUCAUUGUAAUUGGCUUUCCAUCUUGCUUUAGAGAGGGUCGUGUUUUUUGCACUUUAAGGCAGAGCUAAUGCAACUGUUUUGACAGGUGGAAAUCAUUAUUGGACUUAACAUUUCUUGGUCAA